UCAUUCCAAGUCAUUAAACAGAUAUAUCGACUGUUGUCAUAAACUUGGAAAAGAAACUAUGGAGAGAUAUUGAAUAAACUCCAAUUGUUCAUGAUAUCACCAGAAGAAGGAUUUUGGUAAUUUAAUUCAAAGCAAGAUCUACAACUAUUUCUGCAAGAUGACGAGUUGGGGAAGUAGUGUUAGAUUUUUAGUUGGUUUUGCUAUUUUACUGGUGUUGGGUUUUGUAAAUAUUCGACAUGUUGAGGCGAAGGCAGUCAUCUCCCCUGUGUCUUUAAGCUGUAUACAUAUCAUAUCAUCAAAGACAUUACCUUUAAAUGAAUUGCCAUCGAACUCAGAUGCUAGAAAAACCAUACAAGCGAAUGCACAGGCGUCUACGGCAGUGUCGUCAUCAGGAGAUGGCGAGAAAAAAAAUCAGGAAAAUAAUAAUAAGGAACCGGGAAUGGCGGAGCAGGAAGAGCACGAGACUGGAGAGGUCGAAAAUGUCAAGGCAAAAGCGAUUAAACCUGAGGAAGCAAAGGAGGGAAAUGUUGCAGAGGCCAAGGCAAACAGCAUGGUAUGCCAAUCUAAACAUUGCUAUAAUGUGGCGAAAAUCAUCAAAGAUGCCCUCAAUACCUCAGUUGAUCCAUGCGACAACUUCUACGAGUACGCUUGUGGGUCUUGGGUGAAGAACAACGACGUCCCGCCGUCGCACUUGCAAUACUCAAGGAUUUCUGAGCUGUCGAACAAUAAUGAGAAAAUACUGAUGCAUGCAUUGAACAACACGGAGCCAAACGACUCUCCGAAUAUUAAGAAGGUCAAGACAUUCUUCCAGUCGUGUAUGAACGUAGACGCUAUUGAUCAUCUGGGGGAGCAUCCGUUAUUACAGUACAUUAAAGGACUUGGGUCGUGGGCGUUUGAUAAGGACUGGAACCCCAAAGAGUGGAAUUUCUAUGAUACUUUAGCCAAUAUGCACCGAGAGUACCCAGCCGAAAUCUUCUUUACGCCAGACGUGCACUCAGAUCCAACCAAGGCCCACGACAAGUCAAAGUUCCUUAUUAUGAUUGACCAAGCUACACUCAGCAUCCCCAUGAGGUACUAUUUCACGAAACCUGAGAUUGUGAAGACGGUGCGAGAUUAUAUGACUGACGUCAUAAGUCUGGCCGGUUAUGACAAGAGCGACGUCAAGAGAAAAGUUCAUGAACUUCUGAAGUUUGAGGCUAAAAUCGCGCUGUUAACUGUACCACAGAUGUUCAAAAAAUACGUGAGGGUGCCACUGAAAACGCUGCAAAAAGCAAUUCCUCAGUUUCCCUGGAUGGAUCAUCUGAAGAAGCUGUUUGCCCCAAAGGAGAUAACGAAUGACACCAAAGUGAUAGUGCUAGCCAAUGACUACCUACCCAGGCUGUUCAGACUGAUCAAGAAAACUAACAAAGACGUACUAUCUGACUACAUGAUGUGGCGUCUUGUCAAGGACGUAGUUCCUCUGCUGUCGAACAAAUUCAGGAAAGCUCAUUUUGAUCUGACGAAGAAUCUGUUUGGUGCUAAACGUGACAAACCACGCUCUACGAAAUGUUUUGGGUACACCAACAACAUACUUGGACCACUUGUAGGCGCGCUUUUCAUCCGGGAAGCCUUCAGCCCUGAAAGCAAGCACAAGGUUGAGACGAUGAUGAAAGGUAUCAUCAAAGCAUUUGAAGCCAGGGUUGACCAAGUCCCCUGGAUCGACAAACACACCGAUGAAGCCGUUCAUGAGAAGGCAGACGCGAUUGUGGUCAAAGUAGGAUAUCCCGACUACCUGUUUGACGAGAAGCAGUUUAACCAAAGAUAUGAAAACUUGAACAUAACUGACACGGUUCACUGGUUCCAAAACGUAGUUGAGGCGGACAAGUUCGCAUCAUGGCAGACGUACCAGAAACUUGGCUCCGUCGUGCCCAAGCACCACUGGAUUACAGUACCUCAUCUUGUAAACGCCUUUUACAUAAUCACCAAAAACGAAGUCGUGAUUCCGUCAGGUAUUCUACAGCCUCCAUUCUUCUAUCCUGAUGAGAUCCCAAGGUCAAUCAGUUACGGUGCUAUAGGUCACGUGCUGGGUCACGAGCUGACUCAUGGAUUUGACACAACGGGUAGAAAGUUUGAUAAAGAUGGCGAGAUGAUUGAUAAGCGGUCAGAGGGCUGGAGUAAAAACGCCACAAAGAUGUUCCACGAGAAAGCUAAAUGUCUGGUCGACCAGUUCAGCAAAUUCAAAGUUCUAGAUAAAUUCAAUGUGAGUGGAACCCAGACUCUAGGGGAGAACAUCGCAGAUGGAGGGGGACUGAAGCUCGCAUUUAUGGCUUUUCGAGAUCUUGAGAAGGAGAAAGGACCGGAAGAGAUCUUACCGCUUUUAGACAUGCCAAGUGAGAAACUCUUCUUCCUUGGAUAUGCGCAGAAAGAGUGUGUUCAUACCACCCCUAAAGCUGAAUUACUUGCAGUAAAAUAUGACGAGCACGCUCCAUCUAAAUUUAGGGUAAUAGGGACGUUAUCUAAUCUUAAAGAAUUCUCAGAAGUCUACAAAUGCAAACCAGGCUCUUACAUGAACCCAGUGAAGAAAUGCGAAGUGUGGUAGACUCUGCUGGCGACAAUAUUUCAAAUUUUAUACGCGCGCUACCGUGUAUUAAUCAACGAGGAAGCGGGAAACCUGUUUGAUCGACUGCCAUAGCUAUUAUGCCAAUCGGUGAUUCUCGUUGCUUAUUGGCCAACUUUCCUUUUUUAUUGGUGACCACGGUAGCUAACGUCGCGCAAGUAGGCUCUAACCUUAUUUUAGAUAAUGAUCACUGCCACUCAACCAAUCAGCGCCCUCCAUUUGACCCCCUAAAUCUCAUAGUCAUUAAGGUAUCCAUCGGCGAGGGCAUUGAACAAUAGGUAAUUAGUUGGGAAUGUAGCUAGUAAUUAGUGGUUAUCUACUUAGUGAUAAGUAUUCCCUAAGUUGGAACUUAAAUUUUCCAGGAGGAAAACAAUAGAAACGAAAAAAUAACACCUGAAGACCACGGUUUAUCCUUCUCUUCUCGGGCCUACAAUUACUUUUCCUGAGUUUUGUGAGAUUCGUUCCCGCUUUCUUUUGCUUACACUUUUUGCCGAAUGGUUUUUCGCGCGCUUUUUAUUUCGGGGACGGAAAAGUCAAGCGCUCCGUCUUCGAGUCGAUUCGAAUCUAGUUUUAUUCGCACAAUUGAUCUGUCAGUGUUGUCUAAUGAUGUUGAUACCUUGUAAACAACCAUACAAUGACCUUCGACAGUAAGAUGUUAUUUAAUUAUUUUAAAUUUAAUGAUGUUGGUUUGCUAGUGAUAUCUAGGAUAAAAGCAUUUCCAAAUGUCUCGUGCUAACGCACUCGCAUAUUUUUGUUCAUUAGUGCCCUCAACUUUUUUAUAGAAUACUCGCGUCCAUUAUCUAACGAUUACAGAACUAAUGAUUUUUACUAGCUAUACCGUUUUAAUUGUUCAGACGCCUCACGAAGGACUCAGUAUAAUAAUACAAACCAAUCUUAAGCUUCGCCACAUCAAAUGUAUUAUAUAAGCUAUUUCAAAGUCUUGAUAAAUUACAGUUUGCUUAAUGAGUAA